AUGGUACAAGGUUCAAAUAAUGCUGCAACGCCUGAUAGAGCAUCAACAGUUGAUACAGCUGAUACAUCAUCAGAUGAAAAACGAAAAAAAGUAGGAAAUUAUAUUAUUUUAAAAACAAUUGGAGAAGGUAGCUUUGCCAAAGUACGUUUGGGUGUUCAUCUAAUCACAGAAAUGAAAGUUGCAGUUAAAGUUAUUAAUAAACGUGAAGUAUUUAAACGAAAUUAUUUAAGAGCUAAUUUACGUCGUGAAGCAUCAAUGAUGCAACGUAUGUCUCAUAAACAUAUAAUACAAUUACAUGAAGUUAUGGAAACAGAAAAUUCUUAUUAUAUUGUUAUGGACUUAGUACAAGGAAAUGAAUUUGUAAAAUAUUUAACAAAAAAGAAACAAUUAGAUGAGAAUGAAACGAGAAAAUAUAUUCGACAAAUUGUUUCAGCUGUUGAACAUAUGCAUCGUGCACGUGUUAUACAUCGAGAUAUAAAACUUCAAAAUUUUAUGCUUGAUCAAAAUGGUGAUAUAGUUAUUAUUGAUUUUGGUCUUAGUAAUUGUCUUGACGAAAAAAAUUUUUUAACUACUCAAUGUGGUUCACCAGCUUAUGCAGCUCCAGAAAUUUUUGCUCAUCAAGAAUAUAGUACAGCUGUUGAUAUAUGGAGUAUUGGUGUAAAUAUGUAUGCUAUGUUAAUGGGUAAACUUCCAUUUAAAGUUGAACAUCGUAGUCGAAAUCUUGCUAAACUUCAUGCAUGUAUACUUAAAGGAUGUGAAAUACCUAAUACACUUUCACGUGAUUGUCAAGAUUUAUUAUCACGAUUAUUAGAACCAUCACCAACUAAACGAAUAACUAUAUCAGAAAUUCUUUGUCAUCCAUUUUUAACCGAUAUUUUAGGACCUAUUGAAUUAAUACCUUUUAAACCUCAUGUUGAUUUAAGAGAAAUCAAUCAAAAUAUAAUCAGAUAUCUUGCAAUAAAAUAUGGAUAUUCAGAACAUGAAGUUGAAGAAGCUGUAUUACAUCGAAAACCGAUUGCAUGUCGAGCACUAUAUAGUUUAAUUGAACGACGUCUUAAAGAAGGUUUAGGUUGGCCAGAUCGUACAUAUAAUAAUUCUGUUAAUACUCAUUCAUCACUAUCAACAGCAGGUACUAUUGCUUUAGCUGAUGGUCUAUCAGAGAAUAUACUUGACAAACUUGUUCGUCAUGAACCAUUACUUCCUGGUCGUCGUAUAUUACCACAUCUUUCAUCUCAACAAACAUCUCCACCAACAACUAAUGGACAAAAAUUUCCACGUGAAAAAUCAAAUUUUGCACUUGAUGAACAAGUUUUAUUACGAACAAAUACACAUGGUAGUAGUAUUACAAAUGGUUUAACACAAGAAGCAUUAAAUGAAUUAGUACCACAAUCAAAAUUAAUUUCAAGAAAAUUAUUUCAUGAUGUAGUGGUAAGAAAAUCAUCAGCUGUUACAAAUAGUGUUGAUCCAACUGAUGAACAUAUUAGUACAAGACGAAUAACAAAUCCUAAUAGUCUUGCACCAAUAAAACCUUCAAUUACUACUCAACGUGGAAAUGUUAUAAUUCCACAACAAAAACCUAAACCACGUAGUUUACCUAGUUCAACACUUGAUCAUGCAAAUCAAAAUGGUUUUCAUUCACCACAUGAUAUAUUAGCAAGUACGACAGGUGAUAGUCGUACACCAAAAACACAGAGUCGUACAAUACAUGUUGAAAAUUUAAAAAAAUCUCAUCAUCAUUCGCCGGUGCGAUAUAAUCCUGCUCCAUCAGUAACAGUAAAAGCAAUUGGUUUAUUUUUAAAAAAUUCUGCAUUACAUUCACGUGUUAGUUCAUGUAGUAGUAAAUCAUCGAAAAGUAAUGGUGUUACAACAGCACUUGAUGUUCAACAACAAUCUCCACCAUUAAGAUUUUAUCCAUCAACAUCAAAUAUAAAUAAUAAACAAAAUGUAAUUAAUUAUCAUUCACAUGGAAAUUUAACAUCAACAGAUACAACAAGACAAAUGUUUGUUAAAACAUCUGGAACAUCAAAUCAUAUACCAGCUAGUAAAACUCAACAUUCAACAACAACAGGAACAAGUGGAGAAAAAUUAAUGCAAACUUAA